AUGUCGCCGCAUUUCAGCAGCAGUACUGCUCGAGCAGCGAUUUCGAGUGGAGCCAUCGGAUCUGAGCUCGACGACGAGGCAGCCUCGGCGUACUGGUGGACCGACGUGUUCCUCCGAUAUUUCGUAUUCGACGAGGACUGCACGAAGACUACCGCCACGGCCGACUCUGACGACUUGUUGUUUUUCGUACGGCGCCGGCGAAACAAGCGCAGAUGCAUUAAGCGCCGACCGUCCUCACAUCGUCGGCGUAAGAUCAUUUACGACACCCGAGCUUAUCGAAAACAACAACACAAUCAACAGCAGCAGCAACAACAGCAGCAAAAGCCGACCUUGUUGCCGAUCGGCGAUCCGGCAAUUCUUUGGCGGCACACUGUGUGCCUAAACGCCAUCGUUCAUCGGCUACGGUACACGCUCACAGUGGCCGUGUGUGUACAUGUGCCAAGAAAAGCAGCCACCCCUGUCUGCUUCGACUGCUGCGACGGAUCACGAGAGUUCGAAUCGGCCGAUGACGAACAAGGAGACUGCGAAUACGAUCUUCAGCUGCUAUCGCGAUACGUGCACACAGUGUACGCAUCGACUAGUGGCAGGCGUAUGGAUGCUGCCAAGGGACCUAGAGAGCGGCCUGUGUAUCCUGCCUUGUGUUGGGCCGUCGACGACUACGCUGAAGCAUUCCGCACAGUGAUCGUACACCCUGGACAGACAGUAUGCGCUGAACUGGUAGCUACUUGGUCGGAUCCGACAACCGUAAUCGAGGAACACCGCGAUAACGACAAAGAUGACGGCAACGACAACGAUCUGGAUGAUAGCAACUACAAUCAGUUCAGUCGUCACAAAUCCGCGUCCGUCAAAAUACAACAAAAUCAAAACAAAGCGGUUCUGUUCACCGCUGCCAUCCCUUAUGCCGCGGUGCGCGCCGCGUACGAGUGCAAGAUGAGCUUGUACCGCGAUGCUGAACGCCAACGGAGGAAACUGUGGCGGCAACAGCAACGGAAACGUGGAGGCAAGAAAUCAUCGCUGGGCGCCACGCUGUCCGCAUCAUUGACUGCACUGUUCGUGGGCGGCAACAAAGACUCUGCCCCGUCUUCAGGCUCCGCAGAUUAUGAUGGCUAUUACGGUGCCAGCUCUUCUGCGACCGAUGCCGACGCAAAUCGUGUCGAGUACGUGACGGUGCGAGGUUGCCGGCCGAGUAGUGAUAACAAUGACAGCGACACCGAACUGUCGUCGGGUGACGAAAAAAUCGACGGCGACGAAUCGGACUUCGACGGGGACGACGACAUCGACAACUGCACAAAAGGCUUAGCCCAGAUGGCCGUCACGCUCGCACCAAUACAGCGAGUUGAAACAUCCACCUCUGGUUUUGAUGAUAAUUCUGAAUACCGUGUUCACCACCACCAUCAUCAACAACAGUACUGUGGUGGUGGAGAGAACAAUUGUGGCGAUACCGAUCAUGAUCCUGAUUUUGCUACCAGUGCAUAUUAUGACCAUGAUAACGAUGAUUACGCUACAGUGAACGGUUACCAGCAACAGCAGCUCGAGUCCUACACCACACCGGCAACAGCUUCUGAACCCGGUGACUUCUAUGACUACGGGUGGGACUAUGAAACUGCGGCCAGCAGCGAGCAGCAAACGCCUCAAACCCCUUCCUAUUAUUAUCAACAACAACAACAACAACAACUUGAACGUCAACGACGCCGGGGUCGCAAACCGAGGCGGCUCAGUGAUCCAUGUUCGACGUCUGUUUUUGAUCAACUGGAUAACAAUGACCAGGGUACAGAGCAACAUAACCAGACCUAUCAACAACAGCAUGAAAUCAAUGAUAUUAGCAUGUACGGAAAGAAAAGUAAACGAAAACAACAGUAUAACUACCGACAUCGACUACAGCAGCAAUCGAAUAGGUAUGGAAGUGUAAAAGGAUUAUCGUCAAUGGCAUUGACACCAGGAAGAUCUGGAAAAAUGCAACAUCCGCAUCGGGCCUGGUCUGAGAGCGACGGGUUAGAUCAGUGUGGCAGUGGCCUCGUUCAACAAAUCCGAAAUCAGCAAAAGCCUCAACCGUUACUUCCACCCCCUGUACCUUAUUAUUGUGCUGCUGAAGCAGCCCAAUCAGGUUUUGUGCAAUACGUACACAAGAGUCCGGAUGGCUGGUGGACACGAACUAAGAACAAGCGACGUAGAAGACGUUAUCAAAAUACGAAGCGAAAGCAUAGUGGUAAAACAAACACAACCGUUGCAGAUCGGCGUCGAAGUGCUAGCGCUGGUGCGACGAAUGGUUGUACCAUUACCGAUGACGAUAAUAGUGUUGGCUCGGAUUCGGGAUCAAACUCAGACCAUGGCGAAUCAAACUCUGAUGAACAAGACAGCGAUGGUGAAUUCAUUGGGGCACUUGCUGCUGCUGCAGCAUUUGGCCAAGACCCUGAUCGAGAAUGGUUGCAACGGGGAAACGCCGGUGAUCCAGUAGCUGAUUGGGAUCGGUAUGACUGUGACAGUGACUCAUCAGCCGAACCUGAUGACGAUAAUAUGGUUGAAUGGACAACCGAGAUUAUAGCUACUGAUAUAAGACGUAAACAACCAUAUCAAAACUGUUCAACAGUGUCGUCUAGGAUAGCACAUGAUAAUUCCUUACAUUUUUGUGGUGAACAGUCACCGACACCUGUCUUUACAAACCGUCAGCUACAUCAGCAAAAACAGCAAUCUGUUGGUCACUCACAGCAAUUCCAUCGACAACUAUUGCUGCCACAAUUCCGACCUAAACCACUCGAACCUCCACCACCACCAUCGCUAAGCGUAGCAUUCACUGCUGUGGCCUGUCCAUGGUGGACAGUCUUAGAAGACGUGUUGCAUGUGAAUGCCCAAACAUCAGGAGAGCAAAUGUCAUCAAAUAAAACAGUCACAAGGUUACCUCUCCUAACAUUUGAUUAGCUAUAAACGUCAAUAAAUAAAAUAAUUUAUAAACAACGUUUGAAUGUAGUGAACACAUUAAAAAUUACUUCGCAUGCCCUGGUGAUGGCGUUAACUAAUUACUCAUAAACCAUAAAAAUAUGUACAAAAUACUUUGUCCCAACUUCUGAAGUAAAAAAAAAAAAACAGAAGAAUAAACAUGGACAGCUAACUAUUAGUAUAUUGAUUUAAAUUUUAUGUAUAUAACAUUGUAAUAUAUAUAUGUACAUAUUAUACUGUAUUAAUACAAAAAUAUAACAGAUACUCAAUGUAUAAAAUACAAAAUAAUUAAAAUUAGAGUUUAAGAAGAUCUCAUUGAUCCAAAUUCAAUUUUUGGCACAGCAAAAUAAAUUGAGGAUAACUAUUAUUAGAAUUUAUGAAAAAAUAUUGUGUUAGAAUGAACAUCAAGAUAAAUGAACAUGAAUAACCGGAAUUAUAUCGUAUUGAUUACAAUUCUAUAGUAAAUAAUUUUGUAUAAAGCAGCAAAUAAUUUAAAGUUUAAAUUUUAUUGACAAGGACAAAAAGUAAAAAUUAAACAUGCGUUUAUUAUACUUAAAUAUUGACUGAUUCAGUUUUAGUUGAAAAAAUGUCGUCAAAUUUCUUUAUCGUUAAAUCAAUCAAGCACAUUAUUUACUGAUUAAUAAAAUAUAUAACUAAACAUUGACUGUGGUUGAAAAAUGACUGUUCCAUCGACAUCAAAGAGCAUCCUACUAAUGAAUUACUUCUUAGUAACUGAGUAAUUUUUGACUCCUGAUGACCUAAUGCUGUACUUCCGUUCGAAAAACACUAUACAUUCGAUCACUUGAAACAAUCAUUAUCAAGGAUGGAGAUCAAAAACAUUAAUUGCAGUUGUUGGAAUUAUUUGACAACCUUAUAUUGGUAGACCGCCUCAAACAGUUCCAGAAUCCAUUAUCUACAAAUGAAUUAUGUUUCCACUGCUCAAAUUCUGGAAUCAACCGGCACAUAAUUUACACAUAAACGUAACUCUAUCCUCUAUUUACUACAUCUCCAGUCACCACACCACACAUCACAACAUGCAACCACUUCACUGCUCCAUACACUAUCACCUGAAAAAAUACACUUUCAUCAAAGGUUAGAGCUCUUAUUUAUUACUACACGUCAUUCACUUCAUAAAACCUUGCGUCUAAGCUUGGUAAAUUCGAACUGUGCCAAGUAAUUAUAAUUUUACUGAGAUUCUAAUAUUGGCAGAAUGCAUAUUGUAGAUGAUUGAUAGUUAAGAUUAUCAAUCAAGUAGUUUAUCUUUGUAGAAUUUUAAUUAUUGAAAAUAAGUACAACACGAUUUAUUAAAACACUUGAAUUUUUAAUAUUUUAAGAAAACCACAAAUUGGUAUUUGAUUAAAAUUUCUCAUCUAUGAAACACAUAUACUCGUUCAACAA